AUUCGGUCUCCGCAUCCUCUUCAACCCCUCACUGUUCUCUCUCUCGUCAUUCGCGUUAAUUUGGUUUCGAUCUCAGUCGACCAUCGACGAAUUCCUAGCCAUGGCUUCUUCCUUGGUUGCGAGGGCGGCUCGUCAAGCCGCAACCGUCGCCCGCCUCUCCUCUUCGCCGUCUGCGGCUCAGGCCACGAGCCUAGUCCAGCGCCGCGGCCUUGCUGGCGCCGCAGAUCACCAUGGACCCCCAAAAGUUAAUGUCUGGCAAGAUCCAUUGAGUCCAUCUAAAUGGAAGGAAGAGCAUUUUGUGAUUGUCUCUUUGUCUGGCUGGGGUUUGCUCUUCUUUGGGGGGUAUAAGUUCUUCACCGGAGGCAAGAAAAACAAGGAAGAGGUAGUGUUCUAUGAUCUUGAAACCUUGAGUAUCAGAUGUUACCUAUUUAUUCAAGUAUGUUUAGGGAUUAUUUGUUUGUCAACAUUGUAUGUUCAUAUGGACAAGGCAUUCUUUCGUUGUUCUACACUGUUGCUCUUCUUUAGUCCUCCAUUAUGAAGUGCUGUUUCCAUAAAGAUUGGGCUGACCAUGAAAGUACCUCAAGUAGAAGUGAACAAUGCAUCCGUUAUUUAGAGAUUCAGCCUAAAUUACAAGUAUGCUGUACUAAGUAAGAAUUAACGUGAUGUGAUGUUACCAAAAAAUACUGAUGUACAGUAGUUUUGCCAAGAAUCUCAAGAAUAUAGAGCAGACUGUCAAAACAAGUACUUGUUAUAGGCAAAAGACUCAAAACUAAGUUUUCUUUGUUGGGACGCAAUAAAAUUGCAUGUUUUUCCUCCUUAAAAGUAUAGCGAGGGAUGUUUGAAUAGGCACCCCUUUAUAGGCCAUACCUCAAAAACUUUAUCUUUUUUUAUCCCUUCCGGACAAACAAGCAAACAUGGAUCAACAGCUGGUCUUGACCCUUAUUUGCUCACUAUUAUAUUUGAGUAAACACUUGACCAUUACCUGACACGGUUUCUGGCUCAGUAAUGUUUGCUUUGGAACUUAUGUUUCACGUCGGUUGGGCUGAAUUGUGGUGAUUGCUUUAUGGUUUAAGUUUUAUCCUCCGGACUCCUAAUGAUCUAAAAAAGGUUUACAAAUGCACAAAUACUUCGUAUGUUGAAAGUUACCGUAAAUAGUGUUGUGGUUGUCCUAUAUUGAAUUUAGCAGGAAGUUAUGCAUCCACUUACAUGACUGAUAUUAAUUAGUUCAAUAUGACGUUUAGCUUUCCUGACUUUUUCUUGUCUAUUUACAGAAAUUGGUGGAAGCGGCACACUAGAUGUAAUCUUUCCAAAAACGUGAUUUUCUUGGAUUUCAAUCUCCUGGAAAUUUAAUGGAUUUUCAGAUGUCUGUAAACAUUGUUUUGACUUCUGAGCCAAUCAGAUAUUUCCUUUUCUCGUUUUGUCAUGCAUAUUGAUCGACUGUGGCGUGUCCUAGUUGUUUCAAUAAUGAGCUGCCCUUGGAUUUUCUUGCGGUAUAUAUGCAUCUAUCAAACUAUUGAAAGACAAUGAAUGGUGGUUUUUAUGGAGCA